UAAAACACGGGAGCAGCAUUCAUACAUCAAAUCCCUCACUGUUUGUCCACGACUCCCAGUGCAACUGUACUGCUUCAUAUUAUACUUCACUGUUAUCCAUAACAAAAAAUAGUAUUCAAAAAAUAAAUAGCGAUGCAGAACUAAGUCAGCGUAGCUCUUCCCUUCAGUAGAGGCUUUGUCCAUGGCGUUCUUGCAGAGGACCGGAGACUACUGCCACGCUCAACAUCCACGCGUUUGAACCAGACGAGAAUGCUUCACACGCUACCCGCUGGCCUGCUCUGAUUUCUGGAUGCACUGAGACGCUCUUCCCUCUACUGCCACCCAAAACUCUUUACAAAUCUAAUGGGGUGAUCUUGUCUCUCUGGCUACCGUAAGCCAUUAAAGAGAGGAAACAAGUGAUUUGAGAUUUUAAAACAUCAAGGAGUCUUUAAGUGAUAGACCAGAAGCCGUGGAGAGCAUCUACCGGGUGAAUUUGGUUACAACAGGUUUCUUUCAAAGGCUGGACACGGAGUUGAAGGCGCCACGAUGGCUCGGAUGAACCGGCCGGCCCCAGUAGAGGUGUGCUACAAGAACAUGAGGUUCUUGAUUACCCACAACCCAACAAACUCCACACUAAGCAGCUUCAUUGAGGAUCUUAAGAAGUACGGAGCCACAACGGUGGUCAGAGUUUGCGAGGUGACUUACGAUAAAACCCCUCUGGAGAAGGAUGGAAUCACAGUUGUGGAUUGGCCAUUUGACGAUGGAGCUCCACCUCCCUCCAAAGUGGUAGAGGACUGGCUGAGUUUACUGAAAAGACACUUCAUGGAAGACCCCGGCUGCUGCGUAGCGGUUCACUGCGUGGCCGGUCUAGGAAGAGCUCCAGUACUUGUGGCCGUGGCUUUGAUUGAAAGUGGGAUGAAGUACGAAGAUGCCAUCCAGUUUAUCAGACAGAAACGCAGAGGUGCGAUAAACAGCAAGCAGCUUACCUACCUAGAGAAAUAUCGGCCCAAACAGAGACUGCGCUACAAGCAUCCUCACUUUUUCAAGAACAAGUGUUGCAUCAUGUGACUGCACCUGAACCCGACGGACUGGGCCACAACUGAUGCACUUUGCUGAUUCGCCAUUAAACACAAACUGAUUCGGUCUGGUUGAUUUCUCCCACUGGUGCCUAAAUCUCCUUCACUCGGUUUGUGGCGGGGAUACUGCCAUGGCCUUUCUGAGAUAUGCGGCUCGGGGGUCACUAAAAGGCUUCGUAUCUCCAAGGUCAAUGAGAUACGGCAAGGCAACCUAUGACCUUUGACCCUGCACCAGGACUGAUCGUGCCUCAAAUGAUUGUGAUUAAAAGAGCAAGCUGGUGUGAAAACAAUGUGAAGCUUAGAGAAAAAAAACGUGCCCUUUAUUGCUUUCUCUACUGUUUUUCUUUCUCCCGCUGUCUUGAUCGCUCCCGCCUUGAGAAGACUGAAUCCUUGAAACGUUCAUGUGUCAGCACAAAUCUUUUUACUUUUGACCCUUUCCACGAUGCUUUGAUGUUUUGUGAGCUAACACUGGUCAAAGGGCUCAUGUGAAAGAUUUGUUUUAUAAGCCACCUCAGAUGAGGACCAGAUAUUAAAUGGUUUCUGAAAGCAGAUGAAGGCCUGUAUCUAUAAUGGCCCAUGAAUUGAAUAAUGCUUAUGUGUGUUCAUGUGCUUUACUUGUUCUUUCCGAAUCCAACCAUUUGGUUAUUUGGGUCAUUUUUAAUGUGUAAGGACUGCAGAGCUGAAUUAAAGAGUUUAGAUCUUUCAGGACUCUGGAAAUGAUGCAUCAUUGGUUGUUUACGACUCUUGUCUAUUCAGGUCAACAGAUGUCAGAUGAUGAAGUACAAUAAUAGUUUAAAGGUGGAUUAAAAUUGCUUCUGUUUUUAAGAGCACCCCUCCAGCUGCAUAAUACAAAUAAAGGCUGAUGCAUUUACGA